AUGCUCACUUCUGGCGGCGCGCCCCUCGGUGAGGAGCUCAUAAAGGCGGUAUAUCAACGACUGAAUAUUCCCGUACGGCAAGCAUUUGGACUUACAGAGUCAACGGCAGUCUCCCAUAUUCAGCGCUGGGAUAAGUGGACUACGGGCAUCGGGUCCAAUGGACCCCCUUUACCUGGCCUCGAGAUCAAAUUUGUUGACGAACAUGAUCAACUUGUGUUCGAGCGAGAAGGUGAAAUGUGCAUGCGUGGUCCCACAAUCUUCAAAGGUUACUACAAAAACCAAAAAGCCACAGAAUCGUGCCUUACUUCAGACGGAUGGUUCAGAACUGGUGACAUCGGCUAUCAAGACAAGGAGGGUAAUUUAUUCAUCACCGAUCGACUCAAAGAUCUCAUCAAGUUCAAGGGUUACCAAAUUGCACCAGCCGAGAUUGAGAGUAUCCUGCAUGGACAUCCUGAUGUGGACGAUGUCGCGAUCAUCAGUACCUUCAGCGAUCACGUCGCCUCCGAGGUUCCUCUUGCAUAUGUAGUUCUGAAAAUUCCGCACAAGGCCACAGCAAAGACAGCGAGGGAUCUGAUAGAAUACGCUUCUGAACGUACAGCGCCGUAUAAAAGGCUGACAGGGGGGAUAAUAUGGAUUGAUCAAAUUCCCAAAAGCCCGUCAGGGAAGAUCUUGAAGCGUGUUUUGAAGGAAAGAGUUACUACUAUAGACAACGGCAAGGCCAUCGGAGCGGUCGACUUCGCUAAUAUCCGGGCAGUGAGGUCUAAGCUGUGA